AUGAAUUCAGAGAACAGUGGCUCAGUUGAUGUGCCUGACCUGGCUGGUCACGAUCCAGAAAAGCACCGAGACACUUCUAUCCAAUCCCAGGGGGGUUCAGAUCAGGAAUUAGAGGUAGGAAACUAUGCUCAUGGCCUCCAACUGGCUGUGAUUUGCAUCUCACUCUGUCUCUGUGUGUUCCUGGUUGGUCUGGAUGCAACCAUUCUUACUAGUGCGAUUCCACGAAUUACAGAUGAGUUCGGAUCAGUGGAAGAUGUCGGCUGGUACGAUUCUGCCUUUCGACUUACAUCCUCUAUGUCACAGCUGUCUCAGGGUAAGCUCCUCGACAAUUAUCCAGUCAAAUGGGUUUUCUUGGCGAAUAUGGUGAUCUUCGAGGCCGGGAUCCUGGUAUCGGCGUUGGCGCCGACUUCUGUGGCUUUUAUCUUCGGACGGGCAAUCACUGGCCUGGGUUUCUCAGGAAUCAGUCAAGGGUGUAUGGUGUAG